AGAAUACAGUGACCGUGACAAGGCAAAAUGAAAGUGAACGAUAAUAAUAAUGAAGAACAAAAAGACUUCGAACAAUACUCGACAUAGACGUGAUAUGUUCCUCAGAACUGUGUUAGCAGUCUUCACCGCGGCUCGAUGGUUUGGCAUUCCGACUUAUGGUGGGAGCAUGGCUUUAUAUUGGGCUAUCGUCUUAUUGAUUAUGCUGAUUGGCAUCGAGGUUGCUGCUAUUUGGAAACUGAUCCGGGCUCUGACUGGAGUUGCAAAUUAUGCUUACGGUAGUACGAGUGCCUUAAUAGGACGGCUCUCAGGAUCGAUAUUCUACGGUAACGCAGUUCUAUCACUAAUACUUUGCUGGAGAGCUGUCAAUACGUGGAAAAAGCUAUCCGUCAAUUGGUUAAGAGUUGAAACUAAAGGGCUGCUACUGUCACCUGACGCUCGCAUCAAAAGAAGGAUCACUUUUGUUGUUAGCUUCAUCAUUUUGUGUGCCAUUGUGGAACAUACUUUAAGUAUGAUAUCAGCUACAGGCCUGGAUUGUCCUCCUGAAGAAUAUUUUGAACGUUACAUUUUAUCUUCGCAUGGAUUUUUAUUACAUACUUGGGAAUACACACUCUGGCUGGCGAUACCGAUAUUUAUUCUGAGCAAAUCAGCAACAAUACUGUGGAACUUUCAAGAUUUGAUCAUCAUAGUGAUAAGUAUGGGAUUAACUUCGCGGUACCGCAGGCUGAACUCCUUCGUCGAACAUGUUGUAAGAUAUGAGAAACGUGACGAGAAUACCAACAAGCUGGGAACAGAAUUCUACUACCAGCUGAAUGUUUGGCGAAGCAUUAGGGAAGCCUUUGCACAGCAGUCGGCGCUUGUCCGACAGGUUGACGAGGAGCUUGGAGUUCUGUUUCUGCUGUCCAAUCUGAACAAUUUGUACUUCAUCUGUUUACAACUAUAUCAGGGAAUAAGAAAAGUAGACGGUGUACUGAUCAACCGCAUCUAUUACUUCUAUUCGCUGGGCUGGCUGCUACUGCGGGCGUGCACCGUGGUACUGGCAGCGGCUGAUGUCAAUCUGUACUCUAAGAGGGCUCUACCGUUUUUAUUCUCCUGUCCCAGUUCCGCUUAUAAUAUCGAGAUCCAUCGUCUGAAGAACCAAUUAACUCACGACAACAUCGCUUUGAGCGCAAUGGGAUUCUUUUAUCUGGAUCGGCAGAAACUUUUGCAGGUCGCCGCAGCUAUUGUGAAAUACGAACUCAUUUUAAUACAAUAUGACAAAUAAAAAGUUCCCACACCUA